UCUAGACUUGGGUCUAGCUGCGGCCGGCCGGCCUGGCCUGCUAAACCCGUAAACCGGCAUUUGAAGUCAGACUUGUGAGAAGUGAACGCUGUGCUUUCGUUAUUUUGCUGUGCGCUGUUGUGUUGGCACUAUCAAAAUGUCAUUGAUAACACUGUACAGAGAUGUUACAAAUGUUAAAAUAACUCACCGACUGAAGAAGGCAUUCCCCAAAAUCUCUGACGUACAAGAAGAGAUUUGUUAUUACGUCAAGACUUCUAGUGACAUUGGUGAAUGGGACAACGUGGAACAUUUAGAAAGAGUCCUUUGUGGAAACAUCAGGAGCAUCCUAGGAGACCCUUGGCUGAAAGAAUAUGGACUGCAUAAAAGAACACAGUUAUGCAUACAGAGUCCAGCAGAAGCCCUCAUAGAGAUUGGUCCUAGACUUAACUUUACAACAGCAUGGGGCACAAAUGCUAUGAGUAUCUUUCAUGCUGCUGGGAUGACAACAGUAGUUCGGGUGGAAAAGGCACAUCGUUACUGGAUUAAGGUUUCUGGAGAAAUUUCAAGUGAAAUGCGGAAAGAGAUGGUGAUGAAGCUUCAUGAUCCCAUGACAGAACAAGAAUAUAAAGAACCACUGAAAUCAUUUGGUGUACAGCAGCAACCUGAAAAAUGGUUUCAAGUAGAUGUAAUGCAUCGUGGGAGAAAGGCUCUGGAAGAAGCCAAUGUGAAUAUGGGUCUAGCUUUUGAUGACUGGGACUUAGACUACUACACAGAAAUCUUUAUGGAUAAAGUACAGCGAAACCCAACUACUGUUGAACUCUUCGAUUUAGCUCAGUCAAAUUCAGAGCAUUCAAGACACUGGUUUUUUAAGGGAGAUUACACAGCUGAUGGGGAACCUCUCAAACAGUCACUGCUUGAUAUGGUGAUAGCUACAAACAAACAUCCCAACACCAAUAAGAAUAAUAUAAUUGCUUUUUCUGAUAAUUCUAGUGGGAUAAAAGGGUGGAAAACAGCUACUCUUACGGUGAGUAACCCUUCACAGGCAUCAUGUUUUAUGCAGAAAACUACUACUCGCCAUUUGAUCUUUACUGCUGAAACUCACAACUUCCCUACUGGUGUUGCUCCCUUCAGUGGAGCUACAACUGGAACUGGUGGUCGUAUAAGAGAUGUACAAGCUGUUGGCCGUGGAGGUCAUGUAAUUGCAGGUACUGCUGGAUACUGCUUUGGUAAUUUACAUAUCCCAGGCAAUUUAUGCCCAUGGGAACCUGAAGUUUCAUAUCCACCAAACUUUGCAUCUUCACUUGAAGUUGCUAUAGAAGCAUCAAAUGGAGCUUCAGAUUAUGGUAAUAAAUUUGGAGAGCCUGUGAUUGCAGGCUUUGCUCGCUCCUGCGGCCUUUUCAUAGGUGAUGAGCAUAAUCAAGAGCGGAGAGAGUGGGUUAAACCCAUUAUGUUUAGUGGAGGGAUUGGAACACUAGACGACAAAAUGAUCUCAAAAUUGCCACCCAAAAGAGGCUUACUUGUUAUGAAGAUUGGUGGUCCAGCAUACAGAAUAGGAGUUGGUGGAGGUGCGGCUUCCUCUGUACAGGUACAGGGGGAUAAUACUACAACAAGAGAUUUAGGUGCAGUGCAACGAGGUGAUGCUGAAAUGGGACAAAAGCUCAACAGAGUGAUUCGAGGUUGUCUUGAGAUGGAACGGAACCCAAUUCUUUCAAUUCACGACCAAGGGGCAGGGGGAAAUGCAAAUGUACUGAAAGAACUAAUGGAGGGUGCAGGUGGUGAUAUAUACAGUAAGUCUUUUAGCGUGGGAGAUCCUAGUCUGUCAACACUGGAAAUCUGGGGAGCUGAGUACCAAGAAUCAAAUGCCAUUCUUGUUCCUGAGGAUCAACUUGGUGAUCUAGAAUGUCUCGCGGAACGAGAGAGGUGCCCCAUCGAUACUGUUGGUGUUAUCACUGGUGAUCAGAAGGUGCGACUGAUUGAAGAGAAACUGGACAUCAAUGCCUCUUUAGAAUGCCCAAGAAAACCAGCAACUAAGAUGAAUCCAGUUGAUUUAGAAUUAGAUUUAGUCUUGGGAAGUAUGCCAAAAAAGAAAUUCCACUGGACCAAGUCUCGUGCAAACAUAGCACCACUGAAACUUCGAGGGAAUCUUAGUGUCAUGGAGGCAUUAGAAUUAGUUUUACAGCUUCCAGGUGUAGCCAGCAAGCGUUACUUGACAAAUAAGGUUGACAGAUCUGUCACAGGACUUGUAGCCCAGCAACAAUGUGUAGGUCCUCUUCAUACACCUGCUGCAGAUGUGGCUGUCAUAGCUCACUCUUAUUUCCAUAAGGAAGGUGCUGCUACAAGCAUAGGAGAGCAACCUCUGAAAAUCUUAGCAAACCCAUCUGCAGGAGCCAGAAUGACAGUUCUUGAAGCACUUUCUAAUCUUGCAGCUUCUCCAAUAACAGACAUUAAGGAUGUAAAAUGCUCAGCAAACUGGAUGUGGGCUGCUAAACUCAGUGGUGAAGGAUGGGCAAUAUAUGAAGCAUGCAAUGCUAUGUGUGAGAUUAUGACUAGCAUUGGUAUAGCAGUUGAUGGAGGGAAAGAUUCUCUGAGUAUGGCAGCUCGUGUCACUGACAGCAAAGGCAGCAGUACUGUUGUUAAAGCACCAGGUGCUCUGGUUGUUUCUGCUUAUGCUCCUUGUCCUGAUAUUACUAAGGUUGUAACACCAGAUUUAAAGGGUCCAGCAAGUGGCUCACAAAAUAGCCUCAUAUGGGUUAGACCUGUGACAGCAUAUGCACGGUUAGCUGGUACUGCACUUGCACAAGUCUUUUCUCAAGUAGGGAGAAACUGCCCUGAUGUAGAUCAACAAGAAACAGUGUCUUUUGUAGCUGCAUUUAAUGUCAUCCAAGAACUGCUGAAAGAGGAGGAUAUCUUAAGUUUACAUGAUGUAAGUGAUGGUGGACUUAUCACAUGUCUGGCAGAGAUGGGAAUCUCAGGGUGGGGAGGAUUCACAGUAAAUGUUCCUCCAGCACCUGCUCCACCCUCAUCAUUCAAGGAUGAUUUACCUCCGAUAUUAUCUGCACUUUUCAGUGAGGAAGUUGGGUGGGUGAUGGAAAUACAUUCCGAUAAAGUAGAAAAAGUAGUCCAGAGAUUCCAUUGUGCUGGAGUUCCAGGUACCUGUCCAAUUGGUGUAACCACUGAAGGUGGACCUGAGGCACAGAUACAAAUUCUCGUGGAUGGAGUAGAAGUUGUAAAUUCUACAGUUCUAGAGCUAACCAAAAUGUGGGAGAAAACUAGCUUUUUGUUGGAACAACACCAGACGAUUCCAGACUGUGCAGAGUCAGAGCACAAAAGUUUCUCCAAAAGAAAGCAUGUUGGCUAUUAUGUACCAUUUUCAUACAAGGAUUUUGUUAUUGGUGUCAUGAAAAGCCCUAUAACUGAAGUUCGAGUUGCUGUUAUUAGAGAGGAAGGCUCUAAUGGAGACAGAGAAAUGGCAGCAGCACUUAUGCACUCUGGAUUUAUGGUGUAUGAUGUCACCAUGACAGAUAUAUUUGCUGGUCGUGUGAGCCUGAAUGACUUUAAGGGAAUAAUAUUCCCAGGAGGAUUUAGCUAUGCAGAUGUGCUGGGUUCAGCUGUAGGGUGGGCAGCCAGUAUCCAAGGUAGAACCAAAUUCAAGACAGCUCUAGAGUCAUGGAAAAACCGGCCAGAUACUUUCUCACUUGGCGUAUGUAAUGGCUGUCAGCUGGUAGCUCUCUUAGGUUGGCUUAACCCAGUCAAUCAGCAGAAUGAUGUAACAUCAGUAAGAUUAACUGAUAAUAUCAGUGGACGAUUCGAGUCAAGGUGGUCUCGAGUAUGCAUUGAAUCUUCAAAUUCCAUCUUACUUGCUGGUAUGGAGGGUGCUAAGAUGGGAAUAUGGGUUGCUCAUGGUGAAGGGCGAUUUGUCUAUAGUAGUAGCAAUGUCUUGGCAUCCCUGACCUCCAGUAGAUGCAUUGCUAUGCGCUACAUAGAUGAUGAGGAUCAACCAACAACAUUAUAUCCCUUGAAUCCAAAUGGUUCAGAAGGUGGAGUAGCUGGCAUAAGCUCACCAUGUGGACGGCACUUAGCACUGACACAUCCAGAACGUUGUGUCCUUCGAUGGCAGUGGCCCUAUAUGGCAGAACCUUUAACAAGUUCUCCGCACAAAGAAUCUCUGGCUGCCCCUUGGGCAAGACUGUUUCAGAAUGGAUUUAAUUGGUGUCUUGAAAAUAAAGACUAAUUCACUGAUUAGUUUUGGAAAAAUGACAGGUUUCUU